CCAAGGGUGGAGAAGGUCGAGGAGGUAGUGCGUAACGGUAAGAAGCAAAUGGCAACGCCGAACAGAGCGGACGGGGCAGGGAGUGGCGGAGGCAACAGAGGUUGCUUCAACUGCGGACAGUCAGGACACUACGCAAGAGACUGCCCAGCGGGAAGUAACCCAGGGACACCUCAGCAGCAGCAGGGGGCGUACGCAAACAACGCCAGAUACUGGCAGAGUAGGCGAGAGCUCGAGGAAGACAUCAAAACCAUGAAAGAAUGGGUACAGAUGAAGAUGAUGAAGGAGCAAGAGAAGUUUGCCAAGAAAAGGGAGGAAGAGGAAAAAGCCAGGCAAGAUGCGGAGCGAAAGAAGCGACAGCAAGAGGAGGAGCGAAGGCAGACUGAGUUAAGGAGGCUCAAUGAGGAAAGUGAGCUAAGGAUAUUGUCAACGGUGGCAAGGGAGAUGCACCAUUUUCAUGCGGACGUCCGAAGCGACAUACAAAUGGCGCUCACGACGAGAGCGGGAGCCUCAAAGGAGAAGGGGAAAGGCAAGGCGAACUCACUGGAUGAUCAUGCCACAGACGAACUCUUGAAUUACUUGAAAAGGGAUAAUGAUGAGAGCUCGAGGGAUCGCGAGAACCGAGGAAGAUGGGAGUUCACUCGGAGGAACAGAGGCCAAAGGACCGUGAGGAAGCUCGGGUCACCAUAAACAUCGGAGGACGGUGGGGAAGUAACACCGGGAGAGGGAAAAAUGCAGAGGAUGGACAAGAAGGUACCAAGAACAUGCAACAGAGAAG